AUUUUUAAUUUUGUCCUUUAGAAAGAAAAGCAAACAAGUUCAGCUGAUGGGUUUACUAUUCAAAAGGUUGAUUUUAUGGUGUUCUGCCUUUUAGAGAAUUCAGGCAAUUCCCGUUCGAACUGAAAUGUCAGCAUUUUGUCACUGCAUAUGUUGUUGCACAGAGCCAUAACGGGGUAAAAAACCGGGAGAGGAGCUCUCUGCAUCAGCGUGGCAGCUCUGAGAAUGCCAGGAAUGGCCCUGUGGGAUCCCAAGCCAUGGGAAAGGGCUGGUAAAAAGUUUGUGUUUCCCUUGCAGCAGGAAGCGCCCGGGCGUAGCAUGAGUGGCCCUGGCGCCGCGGGCCAUGCCCUUCUCCAACAGCUCUGAGCUCAGCCCGUCCUUCAUCCUGGCCAGCCUGCCGGGGCUGGAGGCGGCGCAGUCCUGGAUGGCCAUCCCGCUGUGCUCGGCCUACGUGCUGGCGGUGCUGGGCAACGGCGCCGUGCUGCUGGUGGUGCGCGCCGAGCCCAGCCUGCACGCGCCCAUGUACUUCUUCCUCUGCAUGCUGGCCGCCAUCGACCUGGCGCUGGCCACGGCCACCGUGCCGCGCAUCCUCUGCUUCUACUGGUUCGGCAGCAGGGAGAUCAGCUUCGCCGCCUGCCUGCUCCAGAUGUUCCUCAUCCACACGCUCUCGGCCGUCGAGUCCACCGUGCUGCUGGCCAUGGCCGUGGACCGCUACGUGGCCAUCUGCCACCCGCUGCGGCACGCCGCCAUCCUCACCAACGGCGCCACGGCCAAGAUCGGGCUGCUGGCCGUGGCCAGAGGAGUGCUCUUCUUCCUGCCGCUGCCCCUGCUCCUCCUGCCCCUGCCCUUCUGCGGCUCCCGCGUGCUGUCCCACUCCUUCUGCCUGCACCAGGACGUGAUGAACCUGGCCUGCGCCAACACCACCCCCAGCGUGGUGUACGGGCUCACCGCCAUCCUGCUGGUCAUGGGGCUGGACGCCGUGCUCAUCUGCCUCUCCUACCUGCUCAUCCUGAAGGCCGUCCUGCGCCUCGCGGCCUGGAGGGAGCGGCUCAAGGUGUUCAGCACCUGCAUCGCCCACAUCUGCGUGGUGCUGGCCUUCUACGUGCCCCUGAUCGGGCUGUCUGUGGUGCACAGGUUUGGGAAGGACCUGGCUCCGCUGGUCCACAUCAUCAUGGGCAACAUCUACAUCCUGGUGCCCGCCGUGCUCAACCCUAUCAUCUACGGGGUGAGGACCAAGCAGAUCCAGAGGAGGAUCCUGAGCUUGAUUCACGUCACCGACAGAGCUCCCCGGUGACCUGAGCUGGGCGCUGCCCGUGUCCUCACUCUGGCUCACCUUGUUUUACACUCAGAGCCUUUGGUGCUGGACUGUCCUCUCCGUGUGCUCUGAGGCGCUGCCACCAGGCAAAAGCUGAUUGUACACUCCCCCAGAGAGUGUUUGCCCUCACCAAACUCAGAGAGAAAUGACUGCAGUGAUCUAAAUCCAAGCCCAACCUGGCAGGUUCCACAAGAAGGGAAAAGUGACUCAGCAAACUUACACAGAUGUCCCAGCAUUGCACCUCUUGGUUCCCGUCUCACCUCUAACAGCGGCAGAGCAGAGAAAAUGCCGGCUGGUUUGGGAUGAUUUAGUUAAUUCAUUGGUUUCACAGACACAUUCCAGAAGUUUUGCCAGAAAAUUUGCAUGUAGCAUCAUUCUUUAAGUAAAAUAAUUACAGGACACCUGUCCAAAGUGACAUUACAGAUGCAGAAAUGCAUUUCAGAGAAAGAACAUCCCCCUCUGUGGUCUUGUUCUGACCUGCUGUGCACUCUGUCAAGACCCCUCAACCUCCUCAGAGCAGAUGCUGUGUAAAAACUUCAGACUCAGAGUUACUGGUAGCAACUGUAAAAAUCAUUUAAAUUUGUAAUUGUAUUCAAGAAAAUGAAAACAUCUCAAGGGAAAAAACAAGCAAGUUAUAAAUGUCAGUGAUGACUCCAAGCUGAAGGAAGUCUCAUUUCCAAGCCACACUGGGAAUUCCUAAAACGUCCUGCCACCAGCACCACUGAGCAGAGUCUGACACCAUCCUCUGGCACGCCUCGGAGAGACGAGCAAGGAUUGAGGGGAACCCCUCUCAGUGUUCUCGUUACCACGAGUUGUGGUUUCACACUCGAGGGGGAAUCAGGGAUGUUCCCACUGCAGCAGACACAGAGAUCCCUCAGCCAGCGGGGCCGGGGCUGAGCUCCCGUUUGGUCACCGUGGGUUUUGCUGCCCCAGGGUGGCACAAGGCCCUGCCCAGACCUUUCUGGGGGAGCAGCAGCAGCACUGGCCUGAUCUGCACUGCAUCAGGAAGCACAGGUGCUCUCAAACCCCAGUGUCUCCAUUAGGAUCCCAGAAUCCCAAAUUCCUGGGGCUGGAAAAGCCCUCCCAGCCCAGGCAGUGCCAGCUGUGCCCCGUGCCCACCUUGUCCCCAGCCCAGAGCUCUGAGUGCCACCUCCAGGGGACACCUGCAGGGAUGGGCACUGCAAAGCUCCCUGGGCAGCCCCUGCCAAGGCCUGAGCAGCCUUUCCAUGGGGAAAUUCCUGCUGCUGGCCAAGCUGAGCCUGCCCUGGCCCAGCCUCAGGCCGUUCCCUCUCCUCCUGUCCCUUUUUCUGAGCCCUGUCCCGGCUGUCCCCUCCUGGCAGGAGCUGUGCAGAGCCACAGGGUCCCCCCUGAGCCUCCUUUGCUCCAGGCUCAGCCCCUUCCCAGCUCCCUCAGGGAUUCUCCAGCCCCUUCCCAGCUCCCUCAGCCGCUCCUCACAGACUGACUCUCUAGGACAGGGGCAGGUCCCAGAGCUCAGGGGCUCUUGUCCGUGACUUUAGAUGGGAGAUGUCACCAAAGGCUCUGUCGUGGGCGGGGGCCCCCAGUGCUGCAGUGUUUGGUGGAGUUUGGUGCAGUUUCUUCCCAGUUCCAAUGAAUGCUGGGAGUGAAACAAGCCUCAUUUUUGUAGUCUGUGCUGGUACAGCUUCAGUCUUGGUAUAACCUUUUUCUGCUAAAUUCAACCUCAAUUUAUUUCAAAAUAAAUUCUUUCAUUUAGGCGAGUUACAAAUGGUUCUCAUCUGGGACUUCAAGGCAAUUCUGUCUCCUGUCAUUUUUGGCAUAUUCUGGUUUAAUAGAGCUUAGAAGGGUAAAAAAAAAAAUUUGUAAAAAUGAAAACAAUCUGUACCUGUCUAAUGUGAUUUGGGAAAUGUGAAUGAAUUUUUCAGAGGCAUUAUGGGUCUAAACCCUUUUCAGGUGGCCAUGGCACUGAGAAAUGGCUCCUGCUCAUUCCCCAUAUGUUCCUGUUUUUUCCUCUUGUGCUGAUAAAAAAAAAAUAAUAGAGAAAAAUGAAUGAACUACUCUGGAAUGCUGUAUUGUAUUUCCUACUCAUUUAUUUCUCAGAGAGCUAAUAGAGGCUCGGAGCAGGAAGGCAUGAUGGAUUGAUUUCUCCUGGGUGCAGAUAAAAACUCACAUCUUGUUCUCCAAAGUUUAGUCAUGGAGUGUUGCUUUGCUGGGGAACAGAACAUGCUGAACAUGGCACUUGUCUUUGCCACUUUCCUCCUGGAAUGUCCAGUGCUGAGGGCCCAGGUCACCUCUCCUGCAGCAGAAGGAAAACCUCAACCAGCCCAUGGGCACACCCAGCCCACACCUCCUCCGUGAGCAGGGCCAGAGCCAGAGGUGGGGCUGGUGCAGGGAAGGGUUGGGUUCGCUUGACUGAAAGGGAAGGGUUGGGACAAGGCGAGGAACGGUGGAGGGAGGGAGGAAAGAGGAGUUUGGGAGAGGUGGGAAGUGGAUUGGGAGUCACAGGAGCCUGGAGCUGGCAAAAGAGGCAACAAGGACACACAUGGGACUGUAGCAGAUGGAGAUUCCUAGAAAAUCUUCUGGGAGAUGGCCCCCAAGUAUUCCUCUUCUCUUCUCUUCUCUUCUCUUCUCUUCUCUUCUCUUCUCUUCU